AUGCGUCUCACCCACCUCACCACCGGCGCCCUGGGGAAAAGAUAUUUCGGCUACUGCCUCGACAACAACAGCGACGGCUCCGAGACCUUCAACGACGACAAGGGCGAGAAAGCAUGCAUCGCGCACCAAGACAACGGCCCUAUCGGCAACGAUGGUGCAGGCCCGAAGUGUCACGAUUUCACGUGGAGACAGGUCAUAGGAGGCGAGCAGUGCUAUAGCAAGGAAGGGCUGAUUGAUGAUGGCACGUUCGAUUUUCUGUGCAAGUGGUUCGGUGCUGACAAGAUAUUGACGUCGUAG